CGGCGGGGUACCCACUGGCGUAGGGGGGCCCCUCGCCUGAAGAAGAGGGGCAUCCGCCGCGAGAGGGGCUGCCAAGUUGCAGGCCGCAGGCGGGGAGCUGCAGCUCCAGUUCUUCGUAACACGAUAGAUACAGGUGCACAUGUCAAGAACGCGUGAAUCUUCGACGAAAGAGCACGGUAGAAAAACGCCAUUCGGGUUCAAUGUUUGGCCGCCUAGUCGACGUAGCCACAAGGGAUGGAGGGCUCGCAGCGUCACGAGCAUUUCAGUCCGCUCGCCAUGGACCAGCAUGCUGCAACAUGUGCGCUCUCAUGUCAGCCUGGAUUGAACCAUCCACGUCUUCAGUGCGAGAUCAAUUCACGUUGAUAGACACGUAGUUAUGAAACCACGACUGAAUUCACAAACACUACAUCCCAUCGGGCCAAAUCGAACUUACGCGUCCCAGCACCACUUGCAUAGAGCUCCAGAUGCAUCCAUUCGCCGAACCAUUGCGAUUAGUGUUACAUUCUCUCCUUUCACCAUCCAUCGCCAGUCGUGACAUGGUAAGCUACAGUUCUUCCUCACGCGCUCGCUCUAACCGAUACAUACACACCAACGCGCAUGAAUACAUACACAGUCACAAAAUGGACGAAAAGCAAGAAAAGACGAGCUUCUUUUUUCCUUUUUUUUUCCCUUCUUUUGAAUACCGUGCAAGACCUCCGGGGCCUCUUUUUAUGUUUUACAGAUUACGCGCAUGUCUCAUCGAGGGAAAUAAAGCACGUGUCCCACCUCUUUCUUCAGUCCCUUUGCCUACAAACUCCGCUCGCGUUUCUCUCCCACCACGACUUUCUCCCUCUUCAUCGUUUAGCAAGUACCCGAUCCUCUCCUCAAGUUCCGUCCACGAGCCACGCACGAAGGACAAGCAAAGCCGGGGGGAACCCCGAAAUCUGAAAAAGUUGUACAAUGAUAAAAAGCAAUUAGCUCACGAGAGUACCCGUGAGUAGUCGCAGACACCCAUCUGCGGCAGGUUCGAGGUCUGCCAGGCGCAGAGAGGAUCCCACGACUCCAAGCUCGGCCGUGAGGAAAGAAACGAAACCAAAUGUAAAGUUAACACAAACGCUAUGCAAAGCC